UUGCUUUAAUUUUUUUUUCUUUCUCUUUGUGGCCGCCCUCUCCUCACAUAAGUUAAAAUAUUAUGCAAAAAACAAACUUCUUCUUAGAUAAGAUGAUGAAACAGCUAAACGGUUAACUGAUAACACCAAAGUCAUGUGGGAUAACAUCAUUCAAAGUAACCUCCGAUGAAAGCUAACAUCACACUUCUGUACACAGUCUAAUACGUAGGAUCACCUGCAGAAAUGGCAAAGACUUUAUUUGCAUUUCAUGUGUUCCUAUCCCUGGCAUUCUUCAGCUUGUUGCAUCCUGUUUCCUGUGACUUUGGACCUAUCACCGGAGAUGAUGCCAAAUUUUGUCAAGGAGACCUUCAUGUAAUCUACCCCAGCUUGGGAGAUGUUUCUUGUGUAUAUGUACCAUACUGCUUUGAGUAUGCCCAAUGUUUGAGAAAAGUUUUGGGCUCCCCAUGGAUACGAUAUCCUUGUGCCAAACCAGAAGAGUUGUACACCCUGAUAAUGGUGGAUCCAGAUGCUCCAAGCAGAUCCAACCCAAUACACAGAUUCUGGAGGCACUGGUUGGUCACGGAUAUUCCAGGUGAUGUUCUCCUAAGAGGAAAAGGAGUAACUAGAACUGUUGCUUCUCCUUAUUAUCCACCAAGUCCACCACCUCAUAGUGGAUAUCACAGAUACCAAUUUCUGCUAUACAUUCAAAAUCCUGCCAUUUCUCCUUCUCUCAACCACAGCGAAAGAGCUCUGGGUCCCUGGGAUGUCUAUGCUUUUGCCCACCGCAGCAGAUUGAAAGAUCCUGUUGCUACAACUCAGUUUAUGACCAGAAAUCCACGUAUGUAGGAUAUAAUGUUUUUAAAACACGUGCAAAUUCUUGAUAUUACUCUGUGGUAUGUUUCUUUGUUGUAUCUUGUAUAUAUGAACUCAA